AUGGACGCUAUACAGAUGAAAGCAGUGGAGCUUGGAGGCAUGAAGGCCAAACAGAACAAUGACGAUAAAGACAUGGCUCGGAUGGGCAAAAACCCCGUGCUGAAGCGGAACUUUGGCUUCAUGUCCAUUUCGGGCUUCAGCUGCACGGUAGUCAUCACCUGGCAAGGCUUUCCGAUAACAUUCGCGCAAGGCUUCGCAAACGGCGGUCCUGCGGGAGUCAUAUACGGCUACAUCUUUGUCUGGAUAGGACCGCUUUCGGUAUUCCUUACAUUGGCAGAAGCGACAUCAAUGGCACCAACGUCGGGAGGACAGUAUCAUUGGGUCUCCAUGCUCGCCCCGCCUUAG